AUGUCCUUUGGUGAGGAGGACCCCUUUAGGCAAGCUUGUUUAAGCUGUGUGCUCGCCGAGGGUGUAUCCUCCCCAAGGUAUGGAGUACACACUGGUCUAGCUUGCCGGGCUUGGCAUAUCUUCAAUGGGCAGGCACAGGCCGUACCCUCAAUGAGAUUGCAGGCGAGGAUCGAUAGAUUAGCAAUUACCAUAGCAUUAGCAACUACCGAACUUAAACUAGAGUCCUCCGGAUGGGAGGCUCGCUGGUCCCACUGUCGGUGCGCUUCCAAAACUCGAGGCGCGACCCGCUGGCGACGUCUGCCUGAGGUCUUUUGCUGA